AAAGACAAGUCCAUCGCUAGACUUGCGCGGAUCAACACAGGCACACAGCAGUCUCGAUCUUCAUCUUCAGAGAUUGAUAUCGUCAGUUCAAGAUGAUCCAAAAGUUGGGCGCAAAAGGAAUCAAGUUAAAUGAACGUAAUCUGUGGGAUGAUGGAUCGGACCAUGACGAUGUAGCAAAGAUAUACGUACGAGGGGGUUGUCAAGGCAUAGGAUCCAUUUAUUUCAACUAUGUGAAGAGUGGAAAACUAAAAGAUGGAAAAAUCUAUGGUUUCUUUGACUAUGGUUUCACGCAAACGUUUGAGAUUGACCAUCUACGAGAUGAACACCUUGAAUCUGUUGACGCUUACUACAACACAAAGUCAUAUGGUUUGCAAGCAAUUCAAUUCAAAACAAAUUUCAGGACCUCUGAAAUGAUGGGAUAUGAUUGGGAGUGUACUAUGUUUACGCUAGCAGUCAAAGGAAAGAAGAUAAUCGGCUUUCAUGGAACUGAUGACAAAGAAAUAUUUUCUCUUGGAGCUUACUUCACUUCCAUUACUCCUACGAGAUUGGAAGCGAGAGGUGGUAUUGGAGGGAAGAAGUGGGACGAUGGAUUCGACCAUGAAAAUAUAUCAAAGAUCGAGGUACUAGGUGGUAUUGAAGGCAUAUUGUAUAUCAAAACUGACUAUGUCAAGAAUGGAAAACUAGAAAGUGGAUUAAUCCGUGGUGACACUGGCGAUGGUUUCACACAGAAGUUAGAGAUAAACCAGUCAGAAAAUGAGUAUCUAGUACAUGUCGAAUGUUACUACGAUGAUGCGUCCAAUGUCAUCCAAGGGAUUCACUUCAAAACUAAUAACAUCAAUAACUCUGUUAUGAUUGGGUAUAGUAAGGGAAGGAAAUUUUCACUCGCAUCGAGUGGAAACAGGAUCGUUGGGUUUCAUGGAAAUGCCGACAAAAGCCUAAAGUCUCUUGGAGCAUAUUUCAGUACGGCCACUCCUAAUAAACUGGAAUACCAAGGUGAUCCUAGAGGAUUGCUUUGGGAUGAUGAUUGUAAUUAUGAUGGCGUAAGAAAGGUGUACGUCGACUGUACAGGUACUAUAUAUAGUGUCAGGUUUGAGUAUGAUAAUGGCGGAAAAGUGGAAAGGAGGAAUGCGUGCCGACGUGAUUUUAAAAAUGAAAAGGAGUUUGUGCUUGACUAUCCAAAUGAAUUUAUUACGUCUGUGGAGGGGACCUUAAUAAAUCUGAAAAGUACGACUCUUAAGAUGACGUGGAUUUCUUCAUUGAUUUUCAAAACAUCAAAAAACAGAACCUCUCCAACAUUUGGAACAGUAUCUGAUGGUAGAAAAUUUGUGCUGGGGAAGAAUGAUAGCGCUCUUGUUGGGUUCCAUGGAUAUGAUAAUGUUGGUUUGAGUACUCUUAAUGCUCUAGGAGCAUAUUACCGCCCGUUCCCUCCUACUCCUGAUGCAGUGAAACUAGAAGCACAAGGUGGUAAUAGAGGAGCUUCUUGGGACGAUGGUGGUACUUUCAACAGUGUUAACAAGAUUUACAUUGGACUAAGCGAAAAAGUUAUAGGCUUUGUCAAGUUUAUGUACUUCAAAAGCGCUAAUUUGGUCAUUGGAGAUGAUCAUGGAAAUAAAACCAUGAUAACUCGUGUCGAAGAGUUCGAGUUGGAUCCGUUUGAAAAAAUCAAAUCAGUGGAGGGUACUUAUGAUGAUAAAUCAGGAGGUAUAACCAUGCUUAGGUUCAAGACCGACAAACAAGACUCUCCAUACUUUGCAUUUGGUACAACACCAACCUUCGUGCUUCACAAGGAUAAUCACCAGAUCGUUGGGUUCCAUGGAAAAUCCAGAAACAUGCUUCAUCAACUUGGGAUCCAUGUUCUACCAAACGGUUUUAAAUUUGUUUUUUAA